GCAAAUUUAAUCACCAAGAUGGCGUCGACGUGCUUCCGUGGGUUUCCGUAGGUUUCCGCUUGUGGGCUAGCUCAGCGGUUGCUACACCCGAACCAACGUCGUUUCAAGCCCCAGAUAAGCUCGCUACUCAAAAAACCAUGCCUUCGAAGGCACCCAAGCUUAUGGCCACUCUGGGUAUCGUGGGUCUGGUCCACGCCGCGAUAUCGGCGGCCCAACACCGGUCUUACCUGCGGCUCACCGAGCAGGACUUCACGGUGCUGCCGCUGGACAUCAUCUUCCAGAGUGUCCUGUGCCUGCUAAUCACCAUGUACGGCACUAUGUGCAUCGCGGGCGACUUCAAGGAAGUCCGCGCCACCGUCGAGCUGGAGACGAAGACGUUCGAGACAUUCGGAAACCGGCCGUCGUUCUACAUGUUUUGCCACCGUGGAAGAGCGUUGGCCCGAAGUUAAAACGCGGUCGUACGUUUCGCAGCGAAUUCAGGAGCGUCCGUCGUCUUUCGCUCGGACCCUUGUACAAACCCUGUACCCGGUGCCGACGCGUUUGCGUCGAAAUGUCUCCCGAGUGCACCGGACAAACUUCGGCAGCGUGUCUUCUUUACCCUGCGUUCAAGGAGCACUCCUGGAAGCAAAACCUGUGCUUUCGGGAAGAGAAGCGCCUGCAAAAUGUGCCGUCGGUCGCGUGAAUGAUGCGUCAGAGAGAGAGAGGUGGAAAUGUGUGAAGCAGGGUUUACGCACUACGGCAGUCAAUCGCAAAAUAUAUAUUUGCUUGGUGCUGCUAUGCUUUUGAGGUGGUACAUGUGCACGCCUGGGGGCUGGGGUUGUCGGUUGUACACAACAUAGCACUUCACUAAGUCUUCUCAAUUACAUAUUAAAGCACUUCACUACUA